AUGGACGGAAAAAGGUUAUGUAUGCAUGGUCAAAUAAUACAAGAAGUGGAACACCAUACCGUCGACAGCAGUUUAGCUUGGAAGUGGCUCACGCACGCUAAUUUAAAAAUUGAGACAGAAGCGCUUGUUACGGCUUGUCAGGAACAAGCAAUCGCGACCAACUACAUGAAGGCUGAAAUUAUGAAAUCCGGCAAUGACCUAAAAUGCAGACUUUGCCGGACAUGCAAUGAGACUAUCCAUCAUUCUGCUCUGAUGGAACAACAUGAGGAAAAGGUAAAGAAAUUGAGUGAAGAAUGUAUUUCUGAAAGUGGCGUUACCAAAGAGGCCGUGGAAAAGGCAUGGAACGGGGAGUUCGAUGAGGGCGAUGAUAAACUAAAGGAACACAUGUUCUGCUUCGCCAAGAAGAUGGGUAGCAUGUCGGAAGAGGGUAAAAUAAACGAAGAAGCUGUGAAGAAAGUACUGAGCGAGUUGGUGAAGGAUGAGGGAGAAGUAUCAGCCAUCAUGGACAAAUGUGUUGCGGAGAAGGAUUCGCCCAAAGACACUGCGUUCGAGAUGUCCAAGUGCAUCCAUCUAUCCAUUCUACGCGCUGGUGCUGAUGCCUAACUCUCUCUACUCCGAUAACUAUGUAUUCCUGUUUGUUUCAGAUAAAUAAAAAAGUUAUUACAAGUGCCAAAUGUAGUAUUGACUGUGCAUCUACUUAAAUUGUGUAUUUUAUGCAGAAUUACAAACAGAAGGUAGUUUAUUAAGAUAUAACAAUAAUAUAAUAAUAGAUAAAUAUAGUUCAGUAGUGGCCUGAAAUAUGUGGGGAAUAUUUAGGAUUCAGGGAGAUAUAUACAUAUCCUUAAAGAACGGUACAGUUAGCUAAUUCUUCUUAAAUAACUCUCGAACCAAUGCACUAAUUUUUUGACAAUUAGUAAUUAAUUCCUUUAGUUGAAAAAGAUACUGUAGGCUUAAAAAAUAAUCAUUUAUCAAACAAAUAAAUAUAAAUUAAUCUUUCAGUAUAUAUACAACACAGUAAAUUUAGCGCGGCUUUCCAAAGGUAUAAUUCUAUGAUACAGGGGAGGGGGCAAUUCUCUAUGAAUACUAUUACCUGAACUCCUAAAUUUUUAGUGUUCGUUUAGAAAAUGAUAGCUGUUUCCAAUAUCAUCUUUUACAAAAUGAAUGUUUGUCUUUUUUAGCGUAUUGUGAUAUAUUGUAAGCCAGGUGUUAAAUAAAAUAGAUAAAUACAUCUCCACAGAGAGUGCUGACAUUUUAUGGGAUCAUUAUUUUAUGUAUACUGAAUGAAUCCGUGAGAUUGACCAUAUAUAUAAAUACGAGCCCCUUUCCACUUCAGUUGGCCCACUUCAAGAUUUGUACCAAAAUAUGCCUUUAUCAACUAAACAUGAC